UGUUGGUCCUCGACACAGCCGGCUACUCUACCCAUCGGUUACUCCAAUUGAUUUCUUUUCUUCUCAGCAACACGUUCGCAUUGUGCCGUCGCUUUUCCGGCUUUUCAGAUUUUCGAUCUUGUUUUACAGUGGUCACCGACUUUCCGCUUCGGUUCCGUGUCAUUAGUGUAAUAAAAUAAAAAAAAUUAUAAGAAACUAGGUUUUAUAAAAAUCCAUUCUCCGGGUCUUUACGUUCGCGAAUUGUUUUUUUUUUAACUGUGUUGGUGUGCUUAAUAGUCAUCCGCAACAACCGAAAAGUUGCAAGCUAAUUGGAUAUCAGUGUAUGGAAGUGAAACUGUGAUAAACGAACAGGAGGAAGACAAACAGAGAAAAACGUAAAGGAUAAUGAAUGAUUACUCGUGAAUAAAGCCUACUUCAGUGAUUUUAGCCGCCAAAGGAUUAUUCAGUGUUGAUGUGGCCUGCGCUUGACUGAUCGCGACUGGUGAAAACUGCAGAAUUCUGACUCUGAUUUGUAGUGAUACUCGUUGAAAUCAAAGAAUUGGCACAUUUUUUGCAUUACCUAAAAAAUUAAACCCGAUUAAAAGUUGCGUGAAUUUGUUGUAUGUAAUUUCAAAUGGUUAACUCGGAAACAAGGAUUAAUAUCCGAAAACUGGUGGUAGCAACCGUGCAUCAAUUAUACACCUCGCAGCGGACUGUUUCGUAAGUUUCAAGUGCGUCGCGGAGAAUCUUUAAGCCACCUAAUUCCGCGAUUUUUUUAAAGAAAUACGUAUAUAAAAAUAAGGUAGAAACCUGAGAAGGUGACAGUGAACAAUUACUGUAAGACUUGAAAGUUUCUCGAAGGGUCUAAGCUCGCCUUCAAAAUUUUAGUCGAGCGCGUGGAGAGUUUUCCGCGUGAACUUUCGUGGAGCCUUCUGGUCGGCGAGCCGCCGAAAAUUGUGGCCAAACUAGCCGGUGCUGUGGGGGCGGUGGGCCCGGACGAGCGGGGUCUCAUGACGGUGCACGCGAUUUCGGGGGGCACGGGGCCCGGAACGGGGACCCCCGGCGGGAUGCCCCGGUCGCAAUCCCUGGCGCACCGCUCGCGCUUCAUGAUCACCGAUAUCCUGGCCAACCCGCCCUCCCCCUCGCCCACCUCGGAUGGGCCCAGGGACCUGUCCCUCCACUGCCGCACCGACUCCGAGCUCAGCGACGACCACGAAUCCGGCACGGAUUCCGGACUCCCCGGCGAAACCUCCUCUGUCUGCUCCAACGGACACAAAGAUGACGAUGGGAUCAGGUCAAAUCACUCAAGUUCGAGUCUUAGCAAAAAACAACGAAAAGCACGGACCGCUUUCACCGACCACCAGCUACAAACCUUAGAAAAAAGCUUCGAGCGACAAAAAUAUUUAAGUGUGCAAGAUAGAAUGGAACUAGCUGCCAAACUGAACUUAUCGGAUACACAAGUCAAGACGUGGUACCAAAAUAGAAGGACGAAGUGGAAGCGUCAAACAGCGGUAGGAUUGGAGCUCCUGGCCGAGGCGGGCAACUACGCGGCGUUCCAACGGCUGUACGGAGGCCCGCCCUACGGGUGCUGGCCCUACCCGGGUGUGGGCGGCGUAGGAGCCGUCGGGGGCACCGGAGCCGCCCCCACCGCCGCCGAUCUCUACUACCGCCAGGCGGCUGUCGCUGCUACCGCCGCCGCCACCGCUGCCGCCGUCACCACCCUCCAGAAACCCCUCGCCUACAGGCUGUACCCAGGUAUGGCAGGUCCGAGCUCGGCGCACCAUCUGCCGCCUCCACCGGGGCUCUCGGCGAGCUCGUCACUCUCCUCGCUCUCCUCCUACUACCAAAGCAUGCACGGUCUAGCGCCGCCUCCACCGCACUCGCCGCCCUCCCCGGAGUCUCCGCACAGCCCCAGGAGCCCCCUCCGGAGCCGCAGCCACACGCCCGAGUCCGUCGACGUCGAGGAGGGCUCCCAGUCGCCUCACGUCAACGUCUGAUCCUCGCGCCUCAGCGCCCCUCCUUGUUGAAACUAGUCUCCGACCGUAGCGCCUCUCUUUCGAUCUCAAGUCUCCGAUUUUGAAACUGCUCAAACGACUCCUGUUGCCGUAACGAUUCACUCAUUAAUGUGAUCAAUUUAUCUUGGAGAGAUUUUAACGACUCCUGUGAGUCCAGCGAACUUCUGUUGAUGACGCACAGUUUUCAUCCUUAGGAUAUUAAUAGAUAAUAUCAUGAAAGAUGUGGGAUUCAUGACUGCUAGCACCAUUUUAAAGGGGUAAAUUCUCAUAAUUUCACAAAUUCUGUUGCCAUCUACGAGAAGAAAAAAAAAGAGGCUUUGCUCUUACAAUGAUGUAAAUCGAUUCCAAGUUUUACUCACUCUUCCAGUUGGAGUGACAACGUUACUAAUAUGGUAACAGUUGCUUUGGUCCUAAUGGCAUUGUCGUCCCGGUCAGCAUCGAACAUGAACUCAUUCUUGUACACCUCAAAAGUAACUUGGAGGUAGAACCUGGAACCUACUUUGAGUUUGGAAAUGAUCAAGGUUCUUUUUUCUCUAAAUUGGCUGUUAUUAAGUACGCUCUUUGAGUUCCCAUGAAACCGAAUAACGAGGAAGAUAGUAUUAGUCUGUGUGUUGUAAUGAAAUACUACCUUAUGAGGGUUUAAAAUCUCUUUAAUGGUGUUUUAUCAUAAGAUACGAAGUGAUUAAAACACAUUUAAUCUUGUAGAUUGACCGUAUAGCUAGAAGCAUACUGGAAUUAUAAUACGAAAAAAAUCGUUAUACGUAACAUCUAUGAUUUGCUCAUUGAGUACAAACAUUUCCUGUAAAUGUAAUUGAAUUUUAUCGACAUAACCGUGUCACUCUCGGUGUCUUUUUCCUUGGAUUCGUCAGUCCGUCCGAUCAAAUAAUGUGAAAAAGUAAAAACCACUUCAAGAUUAAAAGACUGAUAAAGAGAUCUUUGGACAAAAUUUAGGUCACAUUAGGAACACACGCGAAUACAUUCGCUUCGGCUGCAGUUGACGAAUGACUUCAUCUGUUAUACGUCAGAUGAAUACAAAAUGAACAUAUUAAAUGAUAGUUUGGGAUAGCUCCCAAUUAUCUGAGCCCUUUUUUGUACCAGUUUCCACGAGUCUUGAUAAAAUGCUUGCAUUCGAACAAGAGAUGCGCGCACGGUUUCUGUUAAUAAUUGAUGUGCACUUAUAUAAAUACAGAUAAACGCAUUGUUUUAAUUUCUUUGUUUGUAAAUACAUGCCUAUUUUGUAAGUAUAAAUAAUGUUUAUAAGUGUAAACAGUUGUUUAAAUGUAGGUGAACUUGUCUAUUUUCAGUACUGAAGUACUCCUUAAAAUUACAACUUGUUUCUGAUGGAUAUCAAAACGAUACUCCAGUUACAUUAGUAUACGUCUCGUUUGGAUGUUCGGGGCGGUUUUUUUGGCCGUCGUCAGAAAAAUGAAAAUGUUGACGCUCAGUCACGGUUCGAUUAAACCUUCUUAAGCCUCAACUAAAACAGGAAACACAAUAAUAUGAACCUUGUGAUAUCAAGCAGUAAAUUCUGAACUGAAUCAACUGCCUUGUCCUGACCAAAACUUUAAAAUUCUGAACUCCAGGGACACAUUAACACAAACUGAGUGUUUACGCCAUGUUUUAAGAGUGACCACUCCUUCGAUAUAUGUUAUGAGUAAGGUGGAAACCAAUGGCUUCUAUCUCUGACGGGGAAAAGUGAAUUCUGGCAUGAAUUUAGUAAAUUUUACUUUAAAUAUUUACAUUUGUAUCCUGUCAGGUAAAAUUCAGCUCACUUCUCAAAAUGAGUAUAUACCGCUCAGCAUUUGUAUCAAUUUUUUUUGACAGCUGGAAACAUUCUGUAGUUAAAAAAACUCCACAUUACAUUUUCAGAUUUUCAAAAGUAAUAGGACCUGUGAUUAAGUUUCCUUACCAACGAGAAUCAAGAUAAGCAAAGAGCUUAAAUAGACAAAAAUGUAAAAUUGCGUCUGUUUCCGUUGAAAAUUAUUCUUUUCUACCUAUUCCUUUCGCAACUUGUGAGAACAUAAUUGUGAUAAUCACACGAAAUUCGUCUUUAGUGCGACUUUAAAGCAAAAGUAUGAGGAUUUAUACUCGUCCAUGAAGGUAUGGAUCGACAAGGUCCCUAGCCUUUAUAUUGGGGAUCAAAAAUACGUAAACCCAGUAUAGUUUUGAAAUCUGGAUAAUUGUAAAAUAUGUAACAUAAAAUCUGUAAAAAGGUUCGUAAACACUAAAGACACUGUGCAAUUUAUUGUAAAAUGUUAUUAUUUAACUGACAGUUAAGUUAGCCAAUGAAAUUGUUACGCAUUGUACAUUCCAUUUAACUGCUUGCAGACUUUGUAAAAAAAAAAAUAAAUAGCAUCUUCG